AUGUCCGCCAGACAUAGCCAUAAGUGGCGUUCCUGGACCACCAUCGUGGACAUGGCACGACCAAACGCCUGCGCUGUCACCUUUCGUAGCGCGGAGAGCCAAGUCAGUGGCAGCCCGGAGCUCCGAGAGGACAGGCGAGUCGUGUCCUCCCUCGUGCAGGUCCCUCAAGGCCUUCGCUUGUAUUCUGGAGGCUUCUUCUCUCUGUUCAGUGGAUCAAACAUCAUCAGUAGUGAAUCAGCUGUCAAUCACUCAGCAGUCUUCAUCUUUCCUGAGGCAGAUUAUUCACAUGAGGGAAACUACAGUUGUGUUUAUAAAGUGAAUGUGUCCUCACGGAACUUCUAUUCAUAUGUGUCUGACCUGCUGAUCAUCACUAUCAUAGGAGGUGAUGUUAGACUGGUCAAUGGUAAUAAUCGCUGCUCUGGUAGAGUUGAGGUCUUUUAUGAUGGCAGUUGGGGAACUGUGUGUGAUGACUCUUGGGACAUUAAUGAUGCUGCUGUGGUGUGCAGACAGCUGGGAUGUGGAAAAGCGGUUACUGCAGACAGUGGGGCACAUUUUGGCCAGGGGAUUGACCCAAUCUGGCUGGAUAAUGUUGCAUGUUCUGGAAAUGAGAGCAGCAUAAAACAGUGCAAACACAAUGGAUUAGGAUCUCAUAACUGUAAACACAGUGAUGAUGCUGGUGUUAUAUGUUCAGGAGGUGAUGUUAGACUGAUCAAUGGUGGUAAUGGCUGCUCUGGUAGAGUUGAGGUCUUUCAUAAUGGCAGUUGGGGAACUGUGUGUGAUGACUCUUGGGACAUUAAAGAUGCUGCUGUGGUGUGCAGACAGCUGGGAUGUGGAAAAGCUCUUAGUGCAAAGAGUAUGGCUUUUUUUGGUCAGGGAAGUGUCCCAAUCUUGCUGGAUGAUGUUGCAUGUUUGGGAAGUGAGAGCAGCAUAAAACAGUGCAAACACAGGGGACUAGGUACCCAUGACUGUAGCCACAGUGAAGAUGCUGGUGUUAUGUGUUCAGACUUGUUAAGAUUGGUUAAUGGCUCUAAUUCCUGCUGUGGAAGAGUGGAGCUGCUUCACAAAGGCCGGUGGGGAACUGUGUGUGAUGAGAGCUGGGACAUAACAGAUGCUGAUGUUGUGUGCAAACAAUUAAACUGUGGCAGAGCCAUCAGCGCCUUUCACAGCGCAGCAUUCGGUCAGGGAAGUGAAGUGAGUUGGACAAAUAAAUUGGGAUGUGUUGGAAAUGAGAGCAGCCUUAUGAAGUGCGUAGAAGGCAGAGAACGUAGCUGUGGUCAUAAUCAAGAAGCUGGUGUUGUUUGUACAGGUGAUCUGCAGAUGCCCACGUUUACCAUUAUGCCUCAUUCAGUUGUGUCUCCUGGAGAAAACAUUCAGUUUAGAUGCACAACACCUAAUCCAGGAUGUCAGGAAAAUGCUGAAUUCCACCUGUUUAGAAACAGAUCAUCCACAAUAUCCUCUCAAACAAGUGUAUCUAGUGUGACUUUCAGUCUGACUGUAGACGUCUCACAUCAGGAUCAGUACAGCUGUGAUUACUCUUACAGUAAUGACACCAUCAAGUCUUCCAGGAGUAACACUAUUAAAAUCACUGUAGUGAACCUGCAGAAGCCCAAUAUUUCUCUCAGUGGAUGGUUUGACUUUAGUCCUCAGGGUUCAGUGAUCACCAGAGGUCACAACUUCACUAUUACUUGUUCAUCUGAAUCUCAGUAUUCUGGAGGCUUCUUCUCUCUGUUCAGUGGAUCAAACAUCAUCAGUAGUAAACCAGCUGUCAAUCACUCAGCCGUCUUCAUCUUUCCUGAGGCAGAUUAUUCACAUGAGGGAAACUACAGUUGUGUUUAUAAAGUGAAUGUGUUCUCACGGAACUUUCGUUCAGAUGCGUCUGACCUGCUGAUCAUCAGAGGUGAUGUUAGUCUGGUCAAUGGUGAUAAUCGCUGCUCUGGUAGAGUUGAGGUCUUUCAUGAUGGCCGUUGGGGAACUGUGUGUGAUGACUCUUGGGACAUUAAUGAUGCUGCUGUGGUGUGCAGACAGCUGGGAUGUGGAAAAGCGGUUACUGCAGACAGUGGGGCUUAUUUUGGCCAGGGCAGUGACCCAAUCAUGCUGGAUGAAGUUGCAUGUUCUGGAAAUGAGAGCAGCCUAAUACAGUGCAAACACAAUGGACUAGGAUCUCAUAACUGUAAACACAGUGAUGAUGCUGGUGUUAUAUGUUCAGGAGGUGAUGUUAGACUGGUCAAUGGUAGUAAUCGCUGCUCUGGUAGAGUUGAGGUCUUUCAUGAUGGUCGUUGGGGAACUGUGUGUGAUGACUCUUGGGACAUUAAUGAUGCUGCUGUGGUGUGCAGACAGGUGGGAUGUGGAAAAGCUCUUAGUGCAAAGAGUAUGGCUUUUUUUGCUCAGGGGAGUGACAAGAUCUGGCUGGAUAAUGUUGCAUGUUCUGGAAGUGAGAGCAGCAUAAAACAGUGCAAACACAAUGGACUUGGAUCACAUGACUGUGGACACCAAGAAGAUGCUGGUGUUAUAUGUUCAGACUUGUUAAGAUUGGUUAAUGGCUCUGAUUCCUGCUGUGGAAGAGUGGAGCUCCUUUACAACGGCCAAUGGGGAACUGUGUGUGAUGAGAGCUGGGACAUAACAGAUGCUGAUGUUGUGUGCAAACAAUUAAACUGUGGCAGAGCCAUCAGCGCCUCUCACAGUGCAGCAUUUGGUCAGGGAAGUGGAGUGAGUUGGAAAAAUCAUUUAAGAUGUGUUGGAAAUGAGACCACCUUUAUGAAUUGCUUAGAAAAAAGUCAACGUAGCUGUGGUACUAAUACAGAUGCUGGUGUUGUUUGUACAGGUAAUCUGCAGACGCCCACGCUUACCAUUAUCUCUCAUUCAGUUGUGUCUCCUGGAGAAAACAUUCAGUUCAAAUGCACAACACCUAAUCCAAGAUGUCAGGAAAAUGCUGAAUUCCACCUGUUCAGAAGAUCAUCCACAAUAUCCUCUGAAACAAGUGUAUCUAGUGUGACUUUCAGUCUGACUGUAGACGUCUCACAUCAGAAUCAGUACAGCUGUGAUUACUCUUACAGGAAUGACACCAUCAAGUCUUCCAGGAGUAACACUAUUGAAAUCACUGUAGUGAACCUGCAGAAGCCCAAAAUUUCUCUCAGUGGAUUAUUUGACUUUGGUCCUCAGGGUUCAGUGAUCACCAGAGGUCACAACUUCACUAUUACUUGUUCAUCUGUAUCUCAGUAUUCUGGAGGCUUCUUCUCUCUGUUCAGUGGAUCAAACAUCAUCAGUAGUGAAUCAGCUGUCAAUCAUUUAGCCGUCUUCAUCUUUCCUGAGGCAGAUUAUUCACAUGAGGGAAACUACAGUUGUGUUUAUAAAGUGAAUGUGUCCUCACGGAACUUCUAUUCAGAUGCGUCUGACCUGCUGAUCAUCACUAUCAUAGGAGGUGAUGUUAGACUGGUCAAUGGUGGUAAUCGCUGCUCUGGUAGAGUUGAGGUCUUUCAUGAUGGUCGUUGGGGAACUGUGUGUGAUGACUCUUGGGACAUUAAUGAUGCUACUGUGGUGUGCAGACAAUUGGGAUGUGGAAAAGCGGUUACUGCAGACAGUGGGGCUUAUUUUGGCCAGGGCAGUGACCCAAUCUUACUGAAUGAUGUUGCAUGUUCUGGAAUGAUGAUGCUGGUGUUAUAUGUUCAGGGCCCCCACCAGUCUAUUCGAGCCUUUGCCCUGAAGCUGCGCGAGCAGUACGCGUGCCUGCAGCGGCGUCAAGACCAUGGGUUGGGAGACGAAGAGACCCUGUUAAGAGACCAGUUCCUGCUAGGGCUACGAGAGGGUCCCCUGCGUCAAAACCUCCGGGUGCAGUUUAGAAGAGACCCUGAACUGACGUUCGAUGAUCUGAAAAAGGAGGCCAUGGCCUUGGAAGGCGACCAAGCUGAAGUAAAGGAGACCCCCGUAUGUGCAGCAGUGAGUGGCCCGGCGGCGGCCUCAGAGGUAACGGACUGGAAACAAGCAUUGAAGAUGGAACUUUUAAAGGAUGUGCGGGACCAGAUGGCCGAACUAACGAAAACCCUGGUAGGAGAGCUGCGCCUAGGGCCAGGAAAGAAGGAAGAAGGGCCCGCCCCCCGAGAGCGGACGUAUUCUGACCGAGGCCGAGAUGGGAUGAGGCGGCCCUGGCAGGCUAGUCGGCCCAGGUUCGAGUGGGACGAACAAGGCAGGCCCAUUUGCAAUCGGUGUGGGACCGCAGGACAUGUGAGUAGGCAAUGUGGGCCACGAAGAGCCUCCGAGGGGGGUUUUUAG